AUGCACCUGUCAAGUCUUUUUCUGAGCCUCGCGACCGUAGCUGGAGGUACAUCACUUGGGUUUUCUUCACCAGAAGAACACAAUUCUCAAGUAAUCUUGUUCGCUGGUUCAUUCACCCGAGACGAAGGAUGGGUCAAUGGCACGGGAGCUGGAAUCUAUACGUACAAAUUUAACACGAAUGACGGCUCUCUUGAGGCGUGGGCGGCUACUCCCUUUGGCGACAAUCCUAUUUACGUCGUGGGAUCGAGUAAGACUUUCAGCAAUGGCCAGCGCGUCGUCUACGUCGUGAAUUCAGUCCAUCAAGACUCUAUCUUAUACCCGGGGACGAAGACAGGAUACGUGUCAGCUCUCACUUUAAAUAGUGACGGCACUCUCACGCUUCUCAAUUCACUCGAGAGUCGCGGUGAAGAUCCAACACACAUUUCGUUGAGUCAUUAUGAGGAUUAUGUCGUUGUCUCCAAUUAUCGUGGCAGUAUUGCCAUGUUUCCACUGAAAGACGAUGGAUCUCUUGCAAGCAAUUCCUUCUUUAACGAUUAUCUAGAAGGAAGUGGAGUUGUUCCGGAUCGUCAGGACCGGGGCUACAUCCACAGUACCACGUGGUUACCGUAUUCCGAUCACGUAGUCGCUGCCAACCUUGGUAGCGAUGAGCUUCUACAGUUCGAACUUGACAAGAAGAACAAAAGUUUGACUAGUUUCGGGGCAGUGCGUCGACCACCUGGAUCUGGACCGCGUCAUAUGGCAAUUCACCCUUCGGGAAAAUUUGCAUAUGUUGUCGAUGAGCUCUCGAAUACAGUGGGUGUGUAUACCAUUAAUCUGAAAACGACUUUACUUGAGAGCGAAGCAUGUCAGACAAUCUCGAUAAUCCCGGAAAACUACACAAAUGCCAGCACAAGUGCUGAUAUUCAUUUUUCCAAGGACGGCAAUUUUUUGUACACGUCAAACCGUGGACACGACUCUAUUGCAAUGUUCAAGGUCGAUGAAUCGAGCGGUACACUAACAUUGCUUGGCUUCGAGAGCACUCGCGGCAAAACUCCUCGUGGUUUCACAGUUUAUGGUGACUGGCUUAUAGUGGCAAAUCAGAACUCUAACAACAUGCACGUCUUCAAAAUCAACUGCGAAACGGGACUUUUGGAAUAUACCGGAAAUUCCUACGAGAUCGGCACGGCUGUUUGCUUAUAUGUUUCUCGCUACUACAUUUGA